UCUUGCUCUGGAAGCUUUAUCAUCUCAUCUUUUCACCCUGCAGAAAAGCUUUAUUGACUUUCCUGUCAUCAGUCCCUUCACUAUAUCUAAAUACACACACACAGAGGCGUAUCUUCUACUCCCCCAAUUCUCAUUCCCUCUUUCCUUUUUAUAGCAUAUUCCAAUCCUUUCGCUGAUUCAUAGGUUGCAGAGUUCGCUCUUUCUCAAUGCUCGGACCGAGGCGGGAUUCACCGGUACAAGAUCACCACUCCGAAACCUUCACCGGCAUUCGCUUCGUCCUCCUUGGAUUCGAUGCGAUCCAGGCAGAAAAGUUCCGGCUGAAGCUGGUUAGUGGCGGUGGGGUUGAUUUUGGUCUGUACGAUCCGAGUUGCACUCACGUAAUUGUCGACAAGCUUACCUAUGAUGAUCCUGUAUGCGUUGCCGCACGAGCAGAUGGGAAGAUUUUAGUCACAGGUUUAUGGGUUGAUCAUAGUUGUGAUAUUGGAAUGCCUGCUGAUCCCACCUCUGUCAUGUACAUACCUUUAAGGGAGUUAAGUGGAAUUCCUGGUGCUAAAUCUCUAACAAUUUGCCUGACUGGAUACCUGAGCCAAGACCGAGAUGAUAUCAUGACAAUGGUAGGCCUCGUUGGGGCAAAAUUUUCAAAGCCGUUGGUAGCAAACAAAGUUACACAUCUUAUAUGCUACAAAUUUGAAGGAGAGAAGUACGAGCUUGCCAAGAAGAUGAGGAAGAUAAAGCUUGUUAAUCAUCUCUGGUUGGAAGACAGUUUGAGGGCUUGGGAAAUUCUCCCAGAAGCUGAUUACAAUAAGAGUGGCUAUGAGUUGGAAAUGGAGAUUGAAGUUAAAGAUUCUGUAGAAGAAGCACAAAACAUAGCUGAGAAGCAAUAUGAUGCUAUUUCUGGUAAUAUGUGUAUCGGGAGAAUAAGGGGCAACCUGUCUUCCCAAUUAAAGGAAGAUAUAUCAAGGAAGCUGCUAGCUACUAGUGCAUCUAAAGUGUUAACUGCAGACGAGAUUGUAUCUGUUCAUGCUUCAAAUCUGCAAGACGUUCAUAAGAACCAUUCCAAAGUGUUUGAAUCUUGGGGCACCAGAACUCCUGGGGAUGUUGCUUCUGGUAAGCAACAACAUUUAUCAAAAACAUACAGCAAGAAGCCAGCUUCUGCCCAGUCUGAAAAUGUUUUGACUUCUAAAUAUGAAGAUGCUGUGAGGGCUGAUACCGAUGGCGCAAAGUUCAGUAUAAGUUACUCGAGGAAGAUCCCUAAGAGAAACACACUUCCAAUGUCCUCUUCAGCCAUAGAGCAAGCUAUUGAUGUAACUAAUUCCAGUUGUGUCAAGACUCCUUUGAAGGAAACCAAGUUACAUCAUGAAAGAGGGCAAAUUGAUGCUGCGCUUCGAAAGAGGAAGAUGGAUGUUUCUUAUGGGAGCUCAAAAUCACGAAAGAUUACUCAUGAUUCAACAAUAAGUCAGUUGGUGAAUGAUGCUGGAGGUUUAGCUUCUUCAGGUUCAUUAAGUGACGAACUUGACAAUUGGGCUACUCCAGGCCCUAACCCAAACUCUCCUUCCAGCAAUUCAUCAGCCCUUGAUAGAACAUCUAUGCUGAAGCCUAUUGUGGGUGCUGUUAACUCGAAGGAUAAGCAAAAAUAUAACUUGGAUGCAUCUCAAACAUCUUUCACAGAUAUGAAAAAAAUGAGCUUGGCGAGCAGGCAUAGCAUGAAAGAUGUUAUGAACAAUGCAGACAAUCCUAUCGGUGAAGUUGGAAAGCCACAGGAGGAACUGCACGAUGUGCAAGUCCCAGGUCCAGAAACCAAAUUAGAGGCUGAGAAAUCCAGUAGUCUUAGCUUGAAUUUAUUUAAAGGUCAAAAUGUUGAUUCAAUUUUGAAACCACUCAGGAGGAAGGUGGUUGGCAAGAAGGUUGUGGGCCGUAAAUCAAAACUACUAGGCCCUGGUAAUACCAAAAACCAGAAAUGUCCCGUUUAUGUCAGUAAAACUGUGUCACAACCUGACAUUGUGGCGACUUCAAUUGAUGGGAAACAGAUACCUGACAAGGUAGCACUUGGUAAUUAUAAGAACCUUAAUUUGAUUCCUUUGGAUGACGUUGAUGGGGCCACAAUGAUGGAGACAAAUAAUGUAGCAAAAGCAGGGAAUGAAGUUGAGAUUAGGACAGGAUCCAUGGUUGAUGAAACUGAGGCUCCAGAGGACAAGGAACGUGAGCUUGAGGCUGUUAAUCUAUCACACAAGAUGACCAUAGGGAUGAAAUACAAUACAGAUGCUGGGGAGCAUAUAGCAAUAGGAAAAAAUGCCAGCAGUUCGAGUGCAAAUCAUCCACCAAAAACAUCAGAUGAUGGAAAAGGAGGUGAACUUGAGAAGCCAAUUUGUGGUGGGAAAAAUGGGCCUGAUCAGUUAGUCUCCAAAGAGGAUGCUGCAAAAGAAAAAAUAACUAGAAGGAAAAAAGCCCUGCUGGGUAAAACUUCUAGGAAGCUUCUUCCGGGUGGGAUGAGAAAAUCAAAAGUAGAUGAUGAUCGAGACAAGAAAGGUGGAAAGAAUAAUGGAAAGAUAGAAAACGAGGAAGAAAAAAGCAUUCUACAUCCCACCUGUGAGACCAAGCAAACCUUAACCGUGGAGAAGUCAGAAAACUCCAUUGGAGUGGAUAAAGGAAAUAGUCCUGCUGGUAUUCUAGAUAAAAAUGUCAGUCAGGGUAAACGCCAGUUUGAAAAAGUUGCUCUAAGAUCUAAUAAAUUGUCAACAAAGAUAGAACUGAAGCCUGGCUUGAAUGACCCGGAUUCAGUAUUCACGAAGAGGAUUCUGAAAGUGAAAACUGAACCUGAGUGGUUUAUAUUAAGCGGGCAUAAACUACAAAGAAAGGAGUUUCAGCAGGUUAUUAGACGGUUGAAAGGUAGGGUAUGCAGAGAUUCUCAUCAGUGGUCAUAUCAGGCUACCCACUUCAUUGUUCCAGAUCCUUUACGGAGAACAGAAAAACUUUUUGCUGCUGCAGCAUCUGGAAGGUGGAUUUUGAAGACUGAUUAUUUAACUACCAGCAGCCAGGCAGGAAGAUUCUUAGCAGAGGAGCCGUAUGAGUGGCACAAGAAAGGUCUAAGUGAAGAUGGUGCAAUCAACUUAGAGGCUCCAAGGAAGUGGCGACUUUUGAGGGAGAGAACUGGUCACGGGGCCUUCUAUGGAAUGCGCAUUCUCAUAUAUGGCGAUUGCAUUGCUCCACCUUUAGACACACUAAAGCGCGUCAUCAAAGCAGGAAAUGGGACCAUAUUAGCAACCUCUCCUCCUUACACCCGUUUCCUUAAAUCUGGAGUCGAUUUUGCUGUUAUCAGUCCUGGCAUGCCGCGCGUUGAUAGGUGGGUGCAAGAGUUCUUGAGGCAUGAGACACCAUGUGUGGUGGCCGAUUACUUGGUAGAGUAUGUUUGCAAGCCCGGUUACUCCCUCGAGAGACACGUGCAACACAAUACUCACACGUGGGCAGAGAGGUCGAUGGCUACCCACCUGAGCCGGUUAGAAGAGGUUGUCGAGGAGCCAACAACGCCCCAGCAUCUUGUUCUUACCGAUCUGCCAUGUCAAGGUUGCGGGUGCCGUGACAGAGGAGAGGAUAUGCUGAUUUGUGGUAACGAAAGCGGGUCUGCAGGUUGUGGUAUUGGCAUGCAUAUUGAUUGCUGCAAUCCUCCACUUGAAUAUAUUCCAGAGGAAGACUGGUUUUGCCCGAAUUGCAGCAAGAGCAGCGAGAAGGCCAAGCGUCCCAAGACUAAGAGUACCAAGGCAAGACGGUCUUCAGUAAAGAGCAAAUGAUAUUUGGUCUUGCGACAACUUUUGCUUCUGUAUUUUAAAUGUUGUUCUCAAUUCUCUAAAUUCUGUAGGCCUAGUUAUAUGCUUAUAGGAAGCCAAGCCAUGCAUCUUAAUGGUAUUUCUGAAACUAUUUCGAACUAAGAAGAGUUGGCACGUUAAUGGCUUCAAAUGUUGGUGGGUCGGUAAUGGGCCGGCCCAAGUGAAUAUGGGCUAGGAUAAGUGAAAUUUGUGAUGAGAAUGAAUGGGUUCUUCAAGUGAAGGUAGACCCGAAUCAUUGAAAACGCUGUCUGUCUUGACUCUUGAGAAAGUGAGAAUGUCGGAAGUUAAAUCCGGAUCUCAACGCCCUCCUCUCCCCUCUCCACAGAACUCGGAUCUCAAUAUGCAUGCAUACC